AUGCGUAACAUGACCGACGCAAUUACCCUUGAUCGCGAUUCCAUCUUGUCGCCCUCUGAAAUCUUCACGAUGCUGCCGCACCGCCGGGCUCUCACGAGCAUCUGUGUCGUUGCGACCCUCUUAUACACCUACUGGUUGAGGUAUGCCACCUCUGACGGGCUGCACGGAGGCCCUUCCCACCAUUUUCGAGCGGAUAAAGCCGUAAACAGCACACUUAACUUCUCCAAGAUCUUCGUCAUCAACCUGCCCGCGCGCACCGAUCGCCGGGACGCCUUGGCCGGGGCGGCCACCGCCAGCAAUCUCAGCUUGACUUGGGUCGACGGACUCACCGGCACCGACGUGGAAGACAUUGGUGUGCGUAAUUCAGGGGCCCGGGGCUCGUGGCGGUCGCAUAUGAACGCUGUCCAGGCCAUCGUCGAUGAGAACCUGGGGAGCGCGCUCAUCAUGGAAGACGACGUCGACUGGGACGUGCGAUUGAAGGGUCAGCUGUGGGACUUCGCCGCGGCGUCGCGGACGUGGCUAGUAGCAUCUAAGAGUCAAGGCAAUUCACAAGAGGGAAGGCACGAACCGCGAUCUGAGUUGUUGGGCCCGGUGCCGCCUGCGUUAAGGGGGAAGAGGGAUGGCGACGACCCUGUUAGAGAAGAGGUUGAGAGGACGACUAUCGCGCCAAACGCGGCUCUACCUCCUAGCGGGACGUCGCAGAAUGUCUACGGUGACGGAUGGGAUGUGCUCUGGUUGGGCCAUUGCGGUACCCACUUGCCAGGCAACACUACCCAGAUCUCGCCCUUAAAGGUCGCUAUCCUGAAUGACGAGACGGUUCCUGCGCCUCAGCACCUCAAGCCUCAUCCGUUUGCCUUGAGAGACAAGCUGACGGACGCCUACCCACCACACACUAGGGUUAUACAUGCAGCAGAGGGGAACAUGUGCAGCCUGGGCUACGCUGUCAGCCAACAGGGGGCGCGCAAGAUGUUACGGCGGUUCGGCAAGGAUUUUGUCUAUCAGUGGGAUUUGAUGUUGCGGGACUGGUGUCAGGGGGAGUACAAUACAACACUCAUCAAAGGAAAGGAUGGCAAAGGUACAGAAGACGAGGAGCCCGUCUGCAUCACGGUCCAGCCGCCCUUGAUCAGCCACCACUACGCAGAAGGUGGCUCAUCCGACAUCCUGAGCCAAGGGGGCGGCUUUGCCAAGGGCACCGGGUCGCCCUACAUACGACUCAGCGUGCGACAGAACCUGAGACGCCUCGUCAUGGGUCUCCCGGAGAGGGAGAUGGUGGACCAGCUGCCCGAUGAUCUGAAGCCGAUAUGGUGA